CUGCCCGUUACAAAGGGUAUAGCCGCCAUCCAUCCAUCCAUUCGGCGCCCCUGAAGAAACUCUCGUCCAUUGACGGUGGCGCCAGAUUUCCUGUGCUGCUGAUUGUUUCUGCCAUUUCCAAGACCACUGCUCCCUACCUCGUGUGCAACAUGACAACCCAUUGAAGCACUCCAGCUGUCCAGCAAAUGCAGAUGGUGCAGCUACAUGAAGGAUACUGCCCCGCUGUAACUCCUGUCUCUAUGAGAUGGAUAAACUAUGACCUCAAGUGCUCACCAGGAUCCAUGCCGGCCAGCGUGUGUUUGAAUUCCAUUUGUGCCUUCGGAACUUUUCACGAACGUUCAAGCUGAAGCAACACCUGCACACUCACACAACUAAAAGGCCAUUUCAGUGCCCUCAGAGAUUUUUACAAAAAGUUAACCUAAAGCAACAUCUGUGCAUCCACAGAAGAGAAAUGCCAUUUCAAUGCUAUUUAUCCCCUCAGAGCUCACGAACGAGUGCUCUCAAGGACCACCUGUGCACCCACACAGGUGAGAGGCGAUUUCAGUGCCCUUCGUGUCCUCAAAGUUUCUCACAAAAGCGCGCUCUGAACAAACACCUGCGCACCCACACUGGCGAAAGGCCAUUUCAGUGCCCUUCGUGUCCUCAAAGUUUCUCACAAAAGCGCGCUCUGAACAAGCACCUGCGCACCCACACAGGCGAGAGGCCAUUUCAGUGCCCUGCGUGUCCUCUAAGCUUCUCACGAAAGUAUACUCUGAACUCGCAUCUGCGCACCCACACAGGCGAGAGGCCAUUUCAGUGCCCUUUGUGUCCUCUAAGCUUCUCACGAAAGUAUACUCUGAACUCGCAUCUGCGCAGCCACACAGGCGAGAAGCCAUUUCAAUGCCCUUCAUGCCUUCAGAGCUUCUCACGGAAAAGUUAUCUGAACCGACACCUGCACACCCACACAAACGAGAAUCCAUUUCAAUGCCCUUCAUGCCUUCAGAGCUUCUCACAGAAGAGGUAUCUGAACCGACACCUGCACACCCACACAAGUGAAAAGCCAUUUCAGUGCCCUUUGUGCCGUCGGAACUUAUCACAGAAGAGUGAGGUGAACCGGCACCUGCGCACGCACACAGGCGAGAAGCCAUUUCAAUGCCCUUCGUGCCCUCAGAGCUUCUUACAUAAGAGUACUCUGAACGAACACCUACGCCGCCACACGGGCGAGAAGCCAUUUCAGUGCCCUUCCUGCCCUCAGAGCUUCUCACUUAAGUGUACUCUGAACCGACACCUACGUACCCACACAGGAGAGAAACCAUUUAAGUGCCCUUUAUGCCCUCAGAGAUUUUCACAGAAUUAUCUGACCCGGCACCUGCGCACCCACACAGGCGAGAAGCCAUUUCAAUGCCCUUCGUGCCCUCGGAGAUUUUUACAAAAAAGUGGCCUGAAACAACACCUACGCACCCACACAGGCGAGAAGCCAUUUCAUUGCACUUCAUGCCCUCAGAGCUUCUCACAAAAGAGUAGUCUGAACCAACAUCUGCGCAUCCACACAGGCGAGAAGCCAUUUCAAUGCCCUUCAUGCCCUCGGAGAUUCUCAUGUAAGCCUGUUCUGAACCGACACCUUCACGCCCACACAGGAGAAGCCAUUUCAGUGCCCUUUAUGCCCUCAAAGCUUCUCACACAAGUCGAUAUGGAAGGGUCACCUGCAGUUCCACUAUUCUGAGAGGCUGUUUCAGAGCCGUUUCUUUCCUGAGAACUUCUUGUGGAAGUCUAUUAAACCAACAGCCAUGCAUCCAUACAGGCGGGCGGCCAUUAGUGCCCUGCAUGCCCCCAGCAAUCCUCAAAAGUCCUUACUGAAGGAUCACGUUUGCAUCCACUCGAUGAGAGGCCAUGUCAGUGUUCUUCAUAUACUCGGAUGUACUCAUAGAAGUUUGCACUGAACUUCACUUCCACUAUUGUGAGAGGCUGAUUCAGUGCCGUUCAUGUCCUGAGAACUUGUCAUGGAAGUCUACACUGGACCGACACCUGCUCGUCCACACAGUCCGUGGUGAAGGAUCACCUCUGCAAGUAGCACCGACUUCCCUACUUCCUACGGCCACAGGGAUGCUCCCACUACUCACAACGAGAUUAUUAAGUUCUUCUACAUGUCUAGAAGGGUCUUUCCACCCCCCUCACCCCAAGAUGAAUAGGUCGCAAGCCGUUUUACUUAGGCUUCUGCAGACCAGCACGUACCCGUGUCUGUCCGUUCUCCACGAGGCUUACCAGGACGUAUAUCGCAACGAUGCCUGCCGCUCCUGCCGCUCCUCAAGGUUCACCUGCGUAUCCACUCAGGGAGACGCCACGUCAGGGCUCUUCAUGUCCUUGGAGUUACUUGCAGAAGUUCGCACUGAACUGACACAUGCACAACCCACAUAACCGAGAGGUCGUUUCAGUGCCACUUACACUGUCAAACCGUUGGACACAAAAGCCGCCUCAAUAGGCAUCUUGCCACCACAAGUGCACCUGACACAUGCAAUGCAGCAGCGCUGAGUUGUGUGCACUCCUCAUUGUUCCUUCUUGCUUUUCAUGUUUUCCUUAGCUUUUUUCAUGGAAUCACAGCGUAUGUGUACGCCUGUAGUGCUAUACUAGCAUGAAUCAUUGCAAGUCUUCACUUUUCAUUAUUAAGAUGUUAAAGCUCUUUGUCUUGCAGACAAGCACUUCUUUCUGCAUUCAAACCUUUAACUGCUCUUUACUAAAUGAGUUGUGCAAGUUCGUUUCAGUCCACUAAAUAAAAUUUGGGAUUGGGUUUUGCUAAUUAUUGAUAUUUCAAUGCUUGCACUAAUAUCAUGUAAUGUUUCAAUUCAUUCGCAUUUAUUGUGCUGAACAGUUCACAAGAAUUUGAGUGGCUAUUUGCUAUUGCUAUGUGAUGCAGUUAAGACAUCCUUUUCUCAGGAAUUGAAAUUAUGAAAUUAUUAUGUGGUUUUUUGAUGCCUACUAUGAUCCAAAUGGUUUCCAAAUGGCUAAAUGGACUGGUAUGAAAUUCUUUUGCUCAUAAAGAUCCGUGCAGUCCUUUAAGAACUUUGAAUAUUUCUUCAUAAUAAAACAUUGUUCUCAUGGA